CCUCGCCGGCCCCUGCUCCCACCCCCCGCACCCGCAUCGCAGUCGAGUCGAGUCGAGUCGAGUCGAGCUGCCUCGGCUCGCCCGGCCGCUGUCGCAGCGUCCUACUCCCACACCCAGCUCCCGCCGCAGCCUCACGCACCCCUGCUCCCCGACGCCACCUGUCCCCCGCACGUCCAUCGCAUCUCACCGCACGACCGCCGCUGCUGCCGCCGCGCUUAAUUGCGCUUCUAGCCGCCGGCGCCGCCUUCUCGCAGCUCGCACUCCGCACCCGCGCACGCUCCCACCGCCGCCCCUCUUCCUCCUCUGCCGCCGCCGCCGCCGCCGUCGCAAUCUCGCAGACGUACAUGGCCCAGCCAGUAUUGCCUCGUCCCUGAGAGCUCUCCCCUCUCUCGUCGCGGCCGCGCCUCCUCGCCGGAGCCUUUCAUGUCGCAGGGCCGCCCCUCGUUUCCGCACCCUCACAGCAACUCCAGCAGCAACAGCGCCGGCGCAUACGACGCCUAUCCCGACUUCUCUGCGCCCGCCGCCUUCGCCCCCGCGCCGCUCGGCGCCUACCAGCCGCCGCCGCCGCCGCAGCUGUCGGCGUCGUCGACGUCCUCGCCGCACCCGCAGUACUUCGAGCAGCAGAGCUACGGCACCUUCGCCCCGCACGCGCAGCCGCAGCAGCCAGCGGCGCAGCACAGCGGCUACCGCCAGUACGAGGCGAGCGCGCAGCCACAGCACCAGCCGCAGUAUCAGUCGCCGCCGGCGCAGCAGCACCAGCAGCGCUACGGCGAGGCGCCGUCACAGUUCUCGCAGCAGCACGGCCAGCACUCGCUGCCCUCGCACCUGCAGCCGUCGCAGCGCGUCCACGACGCAUACCAGCAGCAGGGCUUCGCUCCGCAGGCCUACCAGGCGCAGCAGCAGGCGCAGCCAGCCCAGCAGGCGCAGCAUCAGCAGAGCUACUACGCUCAGCAGAACCAGCAGCAGCUGCCAUUCACGUUCAACGAGGCCGCAUACAGCCAGCCUCCCCAGCACUUCGAGCCGCAGCACCAGCCGCAGCACCAGCUGCAGGGCAAUUUCGCUUCUGCAGGCCAUCUCGGCUUCUCGCCGUCGGGCUCAGGCGUUAACAGCGGCGCAUACAGCCCGUCCGUCUCGCAUCACUCGGCCAUCAGCGUCCCGCAGCAGAAACAGCAGCAGGCGCCGCUCGAGGAACGCUCUGCCUUUCUGCCGCCGGCGUUCAGCGACUCGGACGACGACGAGAAAGCCGCUCCUCCGCCGCAGCCUGCCGCAUCCGCUGCAGAGUCCAUCUCUCCGACCAAGGGCCGGCGAAUCAAGGUCAAGCAGAUCCGCAAGCCUGCGCCGCACGAGCAGGCCGACGCCGCCGCCGCCGCCAUGGUCAAUCUGCGCCGCUCCUCGCGCGGCUCGGGCUCGGGCGCCUCGGGCAACGCGCUGAAUGACACGAGCAUGGUCUCGGAGCUGGAUGCUGGGCGAAGCCGCCGCUCCACGCGUGGCGGCGCAAGCGCUCAGUCGGCCGCGAGUCCCGCCGAGGCGCCGCCGUCUGAGGGUCGCUCCUUGCGUCGCGGCAGAAACUCGCGAGCAGCGCCGGCAAGUAGUCCUGAUCCGUUGGCGGGCGACACGCCGCAUGAAGACGACGACAAGGAUGCUGAGGGAGAGGACGAUGAUGAAGAAGACGACGACAUCAAGCCGGCGCGUCGGACGCGCAGUGGCCGGCCAGUCAAGAGCUACGCCGAGCAGCGCUAUAGCGACGAGGCAGAGGACGAGCCGGAGUCUGAGGACGAGGUCCGCCCUCGCGGCACACGGACGAGCAAGACGCUGGGAGGGUUUGUCGCCGACGAUGAUGAGGAUGAGGAUCCCGAUGCGGAGUUCGGGCGCAAGAAGUUCAAGCGCGCGGCCGACAGCAGUGCCAACAGGCUGGCUGCGCUCGCUGCAAAGAAGCGAGCUGCGGACAAUGCACGCCGCCGCACGCGGCAGCGCAGCGAGUCGGACAUUGCGCAUGACGACGAUGCCGAGACGACGGAGGACGGCGAGGGCGAGGGCACGAGCAGCCAGCCGACGUACACGCUGCGCCAGCGCAAGCAGGUCAACUACAGCAUGGCUCCGCCGCCGGCGUCGCCGCCGCGAGACGGCUUCGGUCGCCCGCUGAAGUCGCGCAGAGGCGCGGGCAAGAACGGCAGCGACUACGAGAUUGAUGGGCUCGGCGAUGCCAUCGCAGGCGUCGCAGGUCCUUCGCUGGCCGGCCUGCGCGGCGGCGGCCGGAAGGGCAAGACGGGAUGGGACGCCCUGCCGGCCACGAUGACGGGCAAGGACUAUGCGCGUGCCUUUGGCGACGAGCCCGACAGCUCCGACGAGGACAUUCCGGCGGCGCGCAAGGCGGGCAACGCAGGCAUGCUCGGCAGUGGCGGCGCCGCGGGCGGUCUGCUGCCGCCCGGUGCGGCCGGCGGUGCCGCGCUCGGCGCAGAUCUCGGCGCGAACCGCGAUGCCGUGGGCCGCAUGAAGAAGGACUCGGACCUCGCUGAUGCCGACCCGCUCGGCGUCAACAUGCAGGUCGACUUCAGCAGUGUGGGCGGCCUCGACGGCCACGUGCAGCAGCUCAAGGAGAUGGUCUCGCUGCCGCUUCUCUAUCCCGAGGUCUUCCAGCGCUUCAAGGUCACGCCGCCCCGCGGCGUUCUCUUCCACGGACCGCCCGGCACGGGCAAGACGCUCGUGGCGCGCGCCCUGGCGGCCAGCUGCAGCAGCUCCGGCCAGCCCAUCUCGUUCUUCAUGCGCAAGGGCGCCGACUGUCUCUCAAAGUGGGUCGGUGAGGCCGAGCGGCAGCUGCGCCUGCUGUUCGAGGAGGCGCGCGCUGCCCAGCCGAGCAUCAUCUUCUUCGACGAGAUCGACGGCCUGGCGCCAGUGCGCAGCAGCAAGCAGGACCAGAUCCACGCCUCCAUCGUCUCGACGCUACUGGCGCUUAUGGACGGCAUGGACGGCCGUGGACAGGUCGUCGUCAUUGGCGCCACAAACCGGCCCGACUCGGUCGACCCGGCGCUGCGCCGUCCCGGCCGCUUUGAUCGCGAGUUCUACUUUGGCCUGCCAAACCGCGAGGCGCGACGUGCCAUCAUCGACAUCCAGACGCGCGAGUGGGAGCCGCCGCUCGACGGCGCCUUCAAGGAUCGCCUGGCGGAAGUCACCAAGGGCUACGGCGGCGCCGACCUGAGGGCACUGUGCACUGAGGCGGCACUCAAUGCUGUGCAGCGCAGAUAUCCGCAGAUCUACCAGACGACAGAGCGCCUGCUGCUGCAUCCCGAGACGAUCCAGGUCGACGCCAAGGACUUUAUGAUGAGCGUCAACAAAAUCGUGCCGUCGUCUGCUCGUUCUGCUUCCUCGGCUGCCGCGCCGCUGCCCGAGCACCUCAAGCCGCUGCUCAGCCCGUCCGUGGAGGCGGCCAUCGCGGCGCUGCAGAAGGUACUGCCGCCUGCGGCCAAGCGCAAUCCGCUGGAGGAGGCAUUGUACGAGGACGACGUGCCCGUGCCGCAGAGCGGCGCCGCCGCCUCUGCGGCUGUGGCCGACGGCGGCUUCGGGCGCGAGAUGAUGCUGCAGUCGUUUGAGGCGCUGCGCGUCUUCCGUCCGCGCCUGCUGAUCCACGGACGCGCGGGCAUGGGACAGAGCAUGGCCGGUGCCGCGCUGCUGCACCAUCUCGAGGGCUACCACGUGCAGACGCUCGACAUCGGCACGCUGAUGGGCGACAGUGCGCGCACGCCCGAGGCAACCAUCGUGCAGCUCUUCGUCGAGGCCAAGCGGCACAAGCCGAGCGUGCUGUACAUCCCCAGCCUCGUGCACUGGGCCAACUCGGUCUCUGACGGAGUGCGCUCGACGACAAAGGCGCUGCUCGACGGCCUCAAUCCCGCCGAUCCGGUGCUCUUGCUCGCCAUCGCAGAGGCGCCGAUGAGCGAACUGCCGCGCGACGUGCGCUCGUGGUUCGGCCUGCUCAAGGACAACAAGGUCGAGAUUCGCAACUCGGACUUUAAGGCGCGCGAGACCUUCUUCCACGAGCUGCUGCAGCACGUCGAGCGCGACCCGAGCCACUUUCCCGAUGCGCUGCCGCGCCGCAAGCGCGUGCUAGAGGUGCUGCCCAUCGCACCGCCGCGCGCUCCGCGUGAGCCGACGGCCGCCGAGCUGGCGCAGCAGGCGGCCGACGACACGCGACUGCUCGAGCACCUCAAGCACCGCCUCGGCCUCGUCCUCGUCGACCUGCGCAAGCGCUACAAGAAGUUUACGCGCGAUCCGCACGUCGAGUACAACCUCAACAAGCUGUGCGAGGACUUUCCCUCGCGCAGAGAGAAGGGCCGCGUCAUCGUCACGAUCCACUACACGCAGGACUACGUGCAGCGGGCGCGCCGCCGCCGCCACUCGAGCGUCGAGCCGAACCGCCUCGUCGCUGGCGGCGCCUCCUCGGCUGCGGGCAGCAAGCUGCCGAGCGUCGAGCCGCCGUCGCAGGCGGAAAUGCAAGGCAACGGCGAGCCGGCGGCCACGGAUGACACACUCAUGGCCGAGGACGAUGCGCCGCAGCCUGGGCAGCAGCAAGAACAGCUGCAGGCGCAGCUGCCAGCAGUCCCCUCCAGCAGCGCACCGGCCGUGCCGGACGCCUCGGCCGCGCAAGUGCCGGUCGCGGAGGACUCUGCCAGCGUCGCUGCCGAGGCCGAGGCGGCGCCCGUCGUGCCCGAGCUGCCGGGCCUGCGCAUCUCGACGCUGGUGCCCGAGGGCUACGAGCGCGACCUCGUCAUUUGGACCAUCUCGCUGGAGCGCAUGCAAAAGCGCCUCUAUCUCAACGGCUACCUCACCGUCGCCGACUUUGUCGAGGAUCUCGAGAAGAUCGUCUUCAACGCCGAGCAGGCGCAAGAGGUGGACCGCGAGCGACUGCUGCGCGCGCAUCAGAUGCGCAACGACGCACUCAUCAGUCUGGAUCAGCUCGUCGACCCGGCCUCGCGCGACAACUUCGUACGCAUGGCCGAGCGCAUGCUGGCGCGCGAGAAGGCCGAGGCCGAGGCAGCGGCAGCCAGCGCGAGCCAAUCGGCCGCCGCAGCUGCCAGCGCCGUGGCUGCGGCCGCCGCCGCGCGGCCCUCCGGCGAGCGGCAGAGUGCACGCGUGCAGGGCAAGGCGCCCGAGCAUGCGCUCAUCGACGUCGUGGCGCUGGAGCGCGAGAACAAGCGCGCGCGGCGCAGCUCAGACUACCCCUCGGGCGCCGAGGGCAGCGAGGGCCGCAAGCGGCUGCGCCAGGAAGCAGACGCCGCUUCUCAGACGGCGCCCGACAGUCUCGGCGCCGCGCUCAGCGGCUCUGCUGCCGCCGCCCCCAGCAACGGGCUGAUGAACGGAGCUGCUGCGACGGCAGACCUUUCAAGCUUGGGCGCCGCCUCGCAGCAGGCGUCGAGCGGCUCCACUGCGCCGCAGCCCGUGCUGCAGGUCAACGGCAGUGCUCCGUCCGAAGAGCGUCCUGCGCCCAUCGCCGCCGCUCCGCCGGGCCUCGCUGCGCCCAUCAUGCAGAUCGACGCCGUUGCGACGCCGCCGCCCGCCGCUGCGCCGCACCCGGCCUUUGUGGUGCCCAAGCGCGAAGUCGACGAGCUGCAGGCAUUCCUGCUGAGCAAGAGCUCCGGCUUUACCGUCGAUGAGCUGGAGCAGCUGCGCGCGGCGGCCUUCGAUGCGAUCUGGCGCCACCGCGCCGAGUGGGACCGCACGGCGCUCGUCAAGGAGCUCAGGGAGAUCGUCUCUGACCUCGCGGACGCCGUGCAGGCGGAGCGAGAGGAAGACGAGCAGGAGCGGAAGGAGUUCGAGCGCCACAUGUCGAGGCACUGAGCUGGCGUCGGCGUCGAGACGGGCAGGUGCUGCCGUGCAAACGGGCAGAUCGCUGCGGCGAGGCGCAAGUGCGCUGCAAGGAGGGAAGAGAAGGAAGAGAAGGUCCGAACCCGCACCCCAUGAAGAUUGUAUUUCUGCCGCACGAGCCUCACUCUGCAAUGCUAGCCGCAAUCCAACCCACC